CAGUAUUUUCCUAGGCCUGGAUACACUCUGAACGGGAAGAAAAUAGAGCAGUGUACUCAGCCAAGCGGUAUUCACUGGCCAAUUGUGUAAGUAACAAAAAUAACUGUAAAUAAAACAAGACAACAAAAAAAGAGCUUUGAUAACAGAUAGCGGUUAAUCAGCCCUUUUCAGCUGUGAUCAACGGAAAGGGUGUGCUCUCUUGUCAAAAACAACGGAAAAAAUAAUUCAACAAGACCUACUUGAAAAUCGUUUCAUAGCUUCUUUUAGCACAGUUGAAAGUAAAGCUACCAACGAAGACCAUCUAAUUCAGGUAUUUUCAAGCUCUUUUGUAGUAUUUACUUUCCCCACCUAAUUCACUUUGGAAGAAAACAUUCAGAAUUAAAGAGUUACUGAGUCUUUUUACUAAGUAAAUUAAAUCUAGUAUUUUUAUCGGCUUUUACAGAGUUCCAGCAUCACGGCUUAUUGUACCAGGAAUUCUUCAGGUUAGUUUCUACAUGAACGUGAGAGACUGUCGAAAAGAUAAAUGCUUUUUGAAAUAAAAUGAGACUUGGUAGACCUGGGGCGCAGUUCGAUCGGAAAUUUUUUCCGAAUUAAUGGGCGACCUUCCGAGGUAUUCUACUUUUUCCGUUCCAACCGGUUGGAACAAAAAUUUCUGAUCCAUUUGCGCAAUUCUGUUUCGGUCGGCGGCUGGCGCCUGGAAUUUUUCCCGCCAUUUCCAAUGUUUGCCGGUGAGGGUUGGUCAUGGGCAGUCGCAGUUUUUCUUUUCACUUCUUAUCGUAUCGUUCAAAAUGGCAUCUGCAUCUUUAGACUCAAGGUAGUUUUGAACUCUGUUUAUAUCUCUUCUAACAAAAAAGCAACAAACUGCUGCUAUGGCCACAAAGUCAAAAUUAUUUAGCUUUUGGACAAAGUUUCACUUUCUUCGUCGAAAUUGUAGCAAAGUACCGGGCAGUGCUACAACGUCCAUUUUGGUGGAUUUUUUGUUCACACGAGCAAAGAGAGCUUUUCCAUUUGACCCGGGAUGUUUCCGGAAUUUCCAACCGGACAUUUUGCCUAAAUGGAAAGCACCCCAGAUAUUAGAAGAAUGGUUUGAUAAAUUUAUAAAACCUUUCAAAGUCAAAUAAAAAUCUUCACUGAAACUUAAAAACGUUUUAACUGAUUGAAAAAGGGAUCUAAGACGAGAAAAUUGCCUCAGAGCCCAAGCUGAGUAUGGGACGCAUACCAAGACAGGUCUGUUGAUAGGUAGCCGGAGAUUAGUAACCCCUUCAUCCCUAGAGCCAAUUAUGGAGGUAUGCAAGGUGGGUUCUAACUUCCAGGGUUUUCAUUAUUUUUAAAAUAGAAGGGCUUGUAGGGUCCAAUACGUAGAGGGAAAAGUUAGAAUUUUAGUUCGAGAGUCGGUUAUUUCGCCAAGAAGCGGGUAAUAUGCUUAGAGUACACUGCUGCCGGUAACUGGCUUCCAGCUUCUGGUAAAUUCCCUGAGACUUAUGUGUCUGUGGAUGAAAACCUAUUAACAGUGCUUACACACCGUACUGGACUCUAAAAAAGGAAUUUGCUGUUUAUCUCGAUUGGAACAAUUUAUCUGAAUUGUACGUCCUCGUGGACGUAUCCUUUUAAACUAAAAAGGGCCAUACGUAUCACAUACCCAAACCCUCUUCGUAGUAGUGAUUUUCCAUUUUUUUAUUAUUAUUUUCAUUACUUUUAAGUUUCAGUAUCGCUUUUCCGACAAAGGACUUCCAGUCCAGCAAUGCACUGAACCAAAUUGAAACAUUUUCCUUUGGGUAAGUACAGAGCAAACGCCAAACUUUAUAUGUUCACAGUUAACCAUAACGUAAAUACAGAAACCCAACCUUUACCUAGCGUAAUAAGAAAAGGAUCAUUCAAUUAUUUAGAAUAAUUCAAUUAUUUAUUAACCUAAACACGACACAAAAGAGCAUGUAUUUUAAAGCAUUAUUUGUUUUGUGUAUCAAGUGUCAUUAAACUGACCAUAUGUUCUUAAACCUCUCUAUCGUUUGUAAAUAAAAAUUAACAACUGCAUCGCAGUGGAUGGGAGAUAGGUGCCUGGGAUGUCUGAGGACCUUCUGCCCCCAGAAAGAAAACCGCUCCCAUGGCUGGCAAUCAUGAGCCCCCACACCAUACCGAGUCGUUCAGGCACCCGUCACACUGUGUUUACAAUGGAAAAUAAGGGAAUGGGAACGGAGGGGCAUAAAUGUACACGAAAAACGCACUCCACAGAAAAAAGCCGCCAACCUUCAACACACUGAACCGAAUGAGCUUAGAUAGUAAAAACACCGAGAGUGCUCAGAGCAUGUGCCGAACUCUGCUGCCGCUGACCACAAUGGGCAUAUCGGCUGCGCAAAUUUCCCUUUCAUAAACGGUUGCUGCUAUUUCUAACACUAAAAUAUUUUCGACCUGUUAUUGAGAGUGUUUCUAUUAAAAAAAAGAAGAUAGCAACCCAGGGUCGAACACGGACCUUUUGUAUCCUAUUCUCUCUCCCUUACCACUACACUACCACACCGACCAGCCAAAAUUCCCAAAAAGGUAUUUACACAAACUAGUAAACUGUCUUUCUUAACCGAGGCAUCAGUAACAGGUAACCCUAGCCCUUUCCAAAACUUUUAACGUAAAUUCAACUUGGCCUUCAACGUCGUUCUUUCUAAGACUAUUGAAAAACGUAUUAUUUGCCUUAUUGUAACUAAUUCGGGGAAUAUAUUACAUCCAUCAUGACUAAAGACUUGGUUACCAAUGGUGGCAUCAACCGCUAAAAAUGGCAACAACCGUUUACGAAAGGGAAAUAGGCAUCGGCUACUCUUUAUUGUCAACUAAGUGGAAUUGCAUUUAACGGCAUUAAACAGGCGCACGAGGUAUAGCAGUUCCGAUUCAAAAUUUAAUUUUGUAAACCUUUAGUAAGAAUGCUUUUUUUUCUGUAUUCAACAGAUGGAAGCGAGACGAAACAAAGACGAAACGUUGGCUUAAUUUCUAGUCUUAUCGCUC